CCUAUGUCGCGUCUCUCUUUCAAUUAACGCGCUUCACGUCGCUAGCAGAGACUACACUCCACCGACUGCUCAAACAUCAAUACAAUCCCCAAUUGACUAUACAGCUGCCAUAUCAAGAUCUCGACAUGUCUCGGAGAGGUAUCAACCGCACUGGUAAUUCAUAUACAGAGUUACCUGAAUAUGAACCACCAGCAUGCCCACUCACCGACGCUGUUCGCCGCAAGCUGCAGGACUUGUCAAACACACGCUCAACGGCCGCAUAUCAACAGCAAAUCAACGAAUCUGUCCGAUUACUUGGCUUUAGCGUCAGUGAUAUACACGAGCGAUUGCGCGUGCAGCGUGAAGAGCUGGCCCGUCUGAAAGCCCGAAGAGAGGAGAAGGGGACAGAGAAAUCUGAGGACGAGCAACGCCUUGAGGCUCAUCUCCCUGAAUUGGAGGAGCGCAUUAAGACACUGACAGCGGCAUCAGAACAGGCUAUUCGUGAUAUGGUCGAUCGCAGAGCCGAAUUGGAAGACGAAGUUGUCAUAUUCAGCGAGUUGUAUGACACGGCCAGUACAGAAGCCGUUCAGCAAAGACAAGUGGAGGCCCAACGAAGCGAACAGGACGACGAGCAGGAGCCGCUGGCUGCAACAAGCCUACUCGAAGUCUACAAAGAACUGCGCCAGAAGAAAGGCACUGAAUAUACUAAAAUGUCCGUCCACCAGCGUUAUGCUCUUAAUAACGACUACGCUGGCUUCAAAAAGCUGUGGCACGAUGCUAUGGCUGGCGAUGAGGGGCCUCCACUGCCGGAUGCCUCACGCUGGUUUACUCCCGAUGGCGAGCCUAUAAUGACCGGUGACGUCUCAGGAGCGGGUGCCGGGGGCGGAGACGACGAUGAUGAGAUUGCCGUUGAGCGCGAGGUCAAGAGCAUUAACUGCCCUUUGACAUUACAACCCAUGAAGGAUCCUUACACCAACCGAAACUGCAAACAUACAUUCGAGAAGGCCGCUCUGCUCGAGUAUCUACCCAUGCGAGGAGAGUCUCAAUGUCCACAAGCAGGAUGCUCACAGAAAUUCACGCGUACGCGAUUUGACCACGAGUUCUUCCAGGACCAAGCCAUGGCGCGCCGUAUCAAGCGUGUUCGUCUGGCACAGCAGCAGCAGGAAAUGAUGGAUGAAGAUGAUGACGGCGACGGCGAUGACGAACUUCGAGUUAGAGGCUCACAGGCCGUCCCCGGAAGACCGCUCAAGAGGGAGAAGAGAGGAGAAUGACUGCGGUUUUAGGUCAAACGUGCGAGUUUGUUCACUACGAAGAGACGAUAAAAUGAUACCCCACCAGUGUUAGGCCCGAUAGAAACCAAUCUAGCAAUUGAUAACAGUCUUCAGGAUGCUGCACAUAAGUAUAUAAGUGAAUAAAAAUUGAAGAACAGAAUGGCCCGAGAGAAU